AUGGCUACAAGAUCAGCACCAAAAGAUGAAGCUAUUAUCGAAAGUAAGAUGAUUGUUCAAGAAUAUGAACGAGCUGUUAUACUUCGUCUUGGUCGUAUUUUACCAGGUGGUGGUAAAGGACCUGGUCUAUUUUGUAUUUUACCUUGUGUAGAUACAAUAGUUAAAAUUGAUUUACGAACGGCAACAUUUAAUGUUCCACCACAAGAAGUUUUAACACGUGAUUCAGUAACUGUAUCAGUUGAUGCAGUUGUUUAUAGUCGAGUUUUUAAUCCGGUAAUUAGUGUAACAAAUGUAAAAAAUACUCAAUAUGCAACACAAUUACUUGCACAAACAACAUUACGAAAUAUACUUGGUACAAAAACUCUUCAAGAAAUUCUUAGUGAUCGUGAAGCUAUUGCACAAAAUAUGCAAGUUCAACUUGAUGAAGGAACUGGUCCAUGGGGUGUGAAAGUUGAACGUGUUGAAGUUACGGAUGUUCGUUUACCUCAAUCAAUGCAACGAUCAAUGGCUGCUGAAGCUGAAGCAACUCGUGAAGCUCGUGCAAAAGUGAUUGCUGCUGAAGGUGAACAACGAGCAUCAAGACAAUUAAAAGAAGCUGCUGAUGUUAUUGCUGCAUCACCAAUUGCUUUACAAUUACGAUAUUUACAAACUUUAACACAAAUUGCUGCAGAAAAAAAUUCAACAAUUGUUUUUCCAGUUCCAAUUGAAUUACUCAAUUUGGUUGUUCAAGAAUAUGAACGAGCUGUUAUUUUUCGUCUUGGACGAAUUCUACAAGGUGGUGCGAAAGGACCUGGCCUAUUCUUUAUUUUACCAUGUCUGGAUAGUAUUGUUAAAGUUGAUUUGAGAACAACUACAUUUAAUGUACCACCACAAGAAAUUUUAACACGUGAUUCAGUAACAAUCUCUGUUGAUGCUGUUGUUUACAGUCGUGUUACUGAUCCGACUGCCAGUGUAACGAAAGUAAAUAAUGUUCAUUCUGCAACACAAUUACUUGCACAAACAACAUUACGAAAUAUACUUGGUACAAAAACUCUUCAAGAAAUUCUUAGCGAUCGUGAAGCUAUUGCACAAAAUAUGCAAGUUCAACUUGAUGAAGGAACUGGUCCAUGGGGUGUGAAAGUUGAACGUGUUGAAAUUACGGAUGUUCGUUUACCUCAAUCAAUGCAACGAUCAAUGGCUGCUGAAGCUGAAGCAACUCGUGAAGCUCGUGCAAAAGUGAUUGCUGCUGAAGGUGAACAGCGAGCAUCAAGACAAUUAAAAGAAGCUGCUGAUGUUAUUGCUACAUCACCAAUUGCUUUACAAUUACGAUAUUUACAAACCUUAACACAAAUUUCAGCGGAAAAAAAUUCAACAAUUGUUUUCCCAAUACCUGGUACUUAA